UUGAACCCUGCAGAAUGGUCUGGGCUUUGUUUACAUCAUCACGGAGUAUAGUAACUUCCUGAUAUUUGUACUCUAUAAACAUCCUCACACCCAGCCUCCUCCUUUAUGCCAUAGAUGAUUGAUUCACACAGACUCGGCUUCCUGGAGCAAUGGACUGGCCCCUGGAAAUCAAUGGCUUGUCAAUUCUUCUACUGACUGCUGCAUUUCUGUAUCUCCUGGCAAGGAAAGUGGGGAAGAAAAGGAGAGGGAACCUCCCCCCAGGUCCCAAACCUCUCCCUAUUCUAGGCAACUUGCUUCAGCUGAAAAGCAGAGAGAUACAUAAGCCUCUGCUGGAGUUCAGUAAAAAGUAUGGUCCUGUAUAUACUUUAUAUAUGGGAUCUAUGCCAGCGGUGGUGCUAUGUGGAUACGAAGCUGUGAAAGAGGCUCUGGUGGACAAUGCAGAAAAGUUCAGCGGCCGUGCAGAACUCCCCAUAAUAAAUCUGACCAGUCAGGGAUAUGGUAUUGCAUUUAGUAAUGGAGAACGAUGGAAGGAGCUGAGACGUUUCUCACUCACUACCCUGCGAAACUUUGGAAUGGGAAAGAGGAAUAUUGAAGAACGUAUUCAGGAGGAGAUUAAUUAUUUGUUGGAGGUAUUCCGUGAGACACAAGGAUCUGUCUUCAAUCCGGCCUUUAUCAUUCGUCGCUCUGUCUCAAAUGUAAUUUGCUCAGUCCUCUUUGGAAAACGCUUUGAUUAUACUGACCAGAAGCUUCAGAUUUUGCUGGACCUCGUUGCUGAGAAUCUAAGGCGAGUGGACAACAUCUGGGUUCAGGUAUAUAACUUUAUACCCAAACUUCUUGAUAUCUUACCUGGGCCCCACCACAAGCUGACUGAAAAUUACAAAGCACAGUUGCGUUAUGUUGAAGAAAUUGUACAAGAACAUGGGGAAAUGUUGGACCCCUCCUCUCCACAAGAUUAUAUUGAUGCCUUUCUCCUCAAGAUGGAGCAGGAAAGAAAGAAAGCACACACCGAAUAUAAUGUACAGAACCUUCUCUCGUGUACUCUGGACAUAUUUUUUGCGGGGCAGGAGUCUUCAAGUAGCACAUUGGGAUAUGGGCUUCUCAUCCUGAUGAAGUAUCCUUAUAUUAAAGAAAAAGUUCAAGCGGAAAUAGAGAGUGUUAUUGGUCGAUCUAGAAGACCAUGCAUGGAUGACCGGGCAAAGAUGCCUUACACAGAGGCUGUUAUUCAUGAGAUUAUGAGGUUUAUUGAUUUCUUACCUCUUGGGGCUCCUCAUUGUGUGACAGAGGACACGUUAUUUAGAGGCUACACCAUACCUAAGGGCACCACUAUAUUUCCUUUCUUACAUUCUGUACUUUUUGACCCUUUAAUGUUUGAGAGACCACAGGAAUUUAACCCUGAGCAUUUUCUGAACCAGGAUGGCUCAUUUAGGAAGAACGAGGGCUUUAUGGCAUUCUCCGCAGGAAAGCGAGCUUGUCCCGGGAAAAGUCUUGCACGUGUGGAGAUCUUCCUGUACCUUACCUCCAUCCUACAACAAUUUGACCUACAACCUGAACUUUCAACAGAAGAGAUAGAUCUGUCUCCUGAAUAUAGUGGUUUUGGGAAAAUUGCUCCUUCUUUCCAGCUCAAGCUAAUUCCACACUAUUCCCAGGUAUUAAGUUGGUUGGAAUUGAUUAUCAGCAUGUUCCCUUCCAUCGUUACAAUAUCAAUCAUUGGCUUCCUUGUCUUACUAACAAUAGCAUGGUGGAAAAAGAACCUCAAGGAUCAUUCUAUGCUUCCCCCUGGACCAACACCUCUCCCUUUUCUUGGGAACUUACUUCAAGUGAAACCAAAGGAAUUUUUGAAAGCACUUGAUAAGCUCAAGGAGAAACAUGGCUCCAUUUUCACUGUAUAUAUUGGAGCUCGUCCAGUAGUAAUGCUUUGUGGGUACAAGACAGUCAAAGAGGCCUUGAUUGACCAACCAGAUGCCUUUGGUUCUAGAGGAAAGAUGCCCUUGGCAGAACAUAUACUAAAAGGAUAUGGGAUCACAGGCAGUAAUGGGGAUCGAUGGAAACAACUCCGUCGAUUCGCUUUAACUACAUUAAGGAAUUUUGGAAUGGGAAAGAGAACCAUCGAGAAGAGGAUUCAGGAGGAGUCUACUUUCUUGAUAGAGGAGUUUGGAAAUACCGAAGGCAAGCCUUUUGACCCUACAUUUUAUGUUGGAUGUGCUGUAUCCAACAUCAUCUGCUCCAUUGUAUUUGGGGAGCGGUUUGAUUACAAGGAUGAACAGUUUCUCUUCCUCCUAAAAAAUAUCAACAAAGUUUUGCGUUUCAUGAAUUCCUCAUGGGGAGUGAUAUUUUUCACCUUUCACAAGAUCCUGUGUCACAUCCCUGGUCCUCAUCAAAAGGCAAUGAAGGAUUUAACUGACCUCAAGGGAUUUGUUCAACAGAGAGUAAGGGAGAGCAAGGAGAUAUUGGAUGUCAAUUCACCUCAAAAUUUUAUAGACUGCUUUCUCAUCAAGAUGCAGGAGGAACAGCAGAAUCCCAACACUGAGUUUCAUAUAGACAAUCUGACAGGAUCUGCUUUAAAUUUAUUUUUUGCUGGUACAGAGACUGUCAGCACAACCUUACGAUAUGGAAUACUAAUUCUGCUCAAAUGGCCACACAUACAAGGGAGGAUCCAAGAAGAGAUUGAUCAUGUGAUAGGUCGCCAACAGUGUCCAGAAAUUGAAGACAGAAACAAGAUGCCAUAUACUGAUGCAGUCAUCCAUGAGAUCCAAAGAUUUUGCGACAUUGUUCCUACUGGGCUCCCCCACACAGCGUCACACAAUGUCUCAUUCAGGGGUUAUAAUAUACCCAAGGGAACAGAUGUAUUUCCCUUGCUAACCACUGUGCUAAAGGAUCCUGAGCUGUUUAAAAAUCCAGAGGAAUUUCACCCAGAGCGGUUCCUAGAUGAACAUGGUGUCUUAAGGAAAAGCCAAGCUUUCAUGCCAUUCUCUGCAGGUAAACGGAUGUGCCCUGGUGAAAGCCUUGCUCGGAUGGAGAUCUUUCUGUUUCUUACAUCUCUGCUUCAGAAAUUCACUCUGAGACCCAUUGUGCCUUCUGAGGAUCUUGAUGUCACCCCUGAAAUCAGCAGUUCUGGUCACCUACCCAGGGAAUACAAAAUGUGUGCCCUGCCACGACAAUAAUGUGAAAUAUCAGAGCAUUUAAUAUUUAUUACUUAGUUUUGAUCUAGUCUCCCACGUAUUGUAUAGCUGUAUAUAUAUCAGUUGUCUUUAUGAUCCUACUGCAGAGCAGUGGCGUAACUACUGUUGGCUGGAUCUUGGUGCAGGAUAUGCACUCAGGCCCUCCGCUGGACCCAGGACCCAAGCUCCUUGCAGUAACUCAAAUUUCAUGCCACUAUUUACUCUGUGGACACAUAGGGGCAAAUUCACUAAGCGCUGAAGCGCCUAACGCUAGCGGCAAUUCGGUAGCAUUGGGCAUUUUCG